CAAUUUCUGUGGAUCUACGCUCAGAAUUUCAUGAUGCAUAACUAGUGCAUGUCUCUUUCUCUCUCCUUCCUUUACUCUUAAGAGCCCAAGACCAUGAUGGCGAAUCUUCUCCUGACGCUGCGUGUGUAUUCCGUCAAGUGUCAUGAUUCCUUUCAUCCGGGUAGUAUGAUUUCUUAGUCGAGAAGUUUAGUGGGAGGGGCUCCUUUUCUUCUUCUUUUUGUGGUGAUUCCUCUGUCGCUCGAUAUUGUACGUUCGGAUCCCAGCUUCUUCUGCCCUGCAACUCGCAGGCCAAACAGGAGAGCCAUCUUUUCUGAUCACAUAUAGAAGCAUCGAUCUUCAAGUUAGGAUUUUUACUCCUAAUUUCUGAUAUGGCUUGGUUUUGUUUCCAUUAUUCAAGGGAUUUUGACCCUCUUGCUCCAUCAUGCUUGUUUCUUUGAUUAGUUCCCAUUUUCCUCUGCACGCGUGUUUGAAUAUUUAUCUCCCAUGGGUACCGUGGUUCCUGUGUCUAAUCGCGUGGGCUAUGUUUUGUUCUUGAACGUCUCCUUCCUCUUACUGGCUUGUGUGUUCGGGAUUAUCCAUGUGCACUCUACAGAACCUGUUGUUCUUAGCCACCGUGCCGUCUCAUUCCGUGGCGGGACUGCCGGGACACAGCAGGUUUGCCACGACUUUGUGAGACUGGACGAUUACAAAGCCAAAUGUUUGUACCUUCAAUCCAAUAAUCCAUGCGUCUCGCAGGGUUAUAUUGACUAUCUUUACCUUUUCUAUUGCAAAUUUGGGCGAUUCCCAUUGUUGGGCCAUGUUCUUCUGUUCCUUUGGCUUCUUGUUCUGUUUUAUCUGCUGGCUGAUACAGCUUCUGAAUACUUCUGUCCUUCACUUGAAAACCUAUCCAAGUCACUGAAGCUAUCCCCUACGAUUGCCGGCGUGACGCUUCUUUCUCUUGGCAAUGGAGCCACUGACGUUUUCGCCAGCCUUGUCUCCUUCAAAAGUAGUGGUACAAGCGACAUUGGCUUCAACGCUGUACUUGGGGGUGCUUCGUUUGUGUCCUGUGUCGUGGCUGGCGUGGUGAGCAUUUCGGUACGGCACAGGAGAAUUCAAGUUAAAAAGUCUGCCUUUAUUAGAGAUGUUUGUUUUCUUCUCUUGGUCCUGCUUUGCUUGUUUACCAUUUUGAUCAGCGGCCAGAUCAACGUUCUAGGAGCAAUAUGUUUUUGCUCCAUGUAUAUAGCUUAUGCAGUUUUUGUUUAUAUCUCAUCUACACGUUGGAAAGAUAUUUGUGGAGACGCUGAAAGGGAUAGUAGUGAUUCAGAUUGUUACAGUAGUGACUUGACCGUGCCCAUUCUCAGUGGCACAGAAAAAGGAUUAAUUGAAAGUGUAGAGGAAGGUUCUCGAGAAGAUUGCCCGGAAAUUAAGAAAAAUUGCUGCUGCAUGAGAUCUCCAAUAUGUUUAGCGUCAUUUUCUGUCUUGAAGAUGCCACUUUACUUGCCCAGGAGAUUGACAAUUCCUGUUGUUUGUGAAGAGAGAUGGUCUAAGCCCAUUGCAAUUUCUUCCGUUGUACUAGCACCUCUUCUGUUAUCUGCCUUGUGGAUCUUUUGUGAAGGAGAUACCACGAUCAACAAAAGCCUAGCAAUUUAUGGAAUUGGAUUGCUGAUUGGGAUCAUAUUGGGGAUCACUGUGUUUUUCACGACAGAGCAGUCAAGCCCCCCAAAGAAAUACUUGUUUCUAUGGCUUGCAGGAGGCUUUGUAAUGAGUGUGACCUGGAGCUAUAUUUCGGCUCAGGAAUUGGUGGCACUGUUGGUUUCACUUGGCUAUAUAUGUGGAAUAAGUCCUUCAAUGCUGGGGCUAACAGUUCUUGCUUGGGGGAAUUCAAUUAGUGAUUUGAUGACAAAUUUAACCGUGGCUUUACAUGAUGGACCGGAAGGUGCUCAAAUAGCAAUAUCUGGUUGUUAUGCAGGCCCCAUUUUUAAUACUCUCGUUGGCUUGGGCUUGUCUCUCGUAAGCUCCACUUGGUCAGAAUACCCAUCUUCUGUUGAGAUUUCUAGAGAUCCAUAUCUGCUAGAGACUCUGGCAUUUCUGGUGGCUGGAUUGGCCUGGGCUCUUGUGGCUCUGACAACCAGAGAUAUGAGGCUUGAUGGAGUCGUCGGCGGAGGGCUUUUGGCUAUUUACUUUAUUUCUGUGUUUCUGAGGCUGAUUCAGACACUCGGGCCUCUCCAAUACCCAGAUACUUGAGUCCUACUCUUUAUAAGGUGAUCUGAAUUACUUGAAUGAAGCAACUGACAUAUUUUCUGUAUAGUUUUCUGUAAUUUUAAAUAGGUAUUGCCACCGCUUUUUUGCCUGGAUAGUGGCAGUUAUACGUUAAAAAUCACUGUUUUACAGAUGGCAUAUUCACUUGUUUUAGCUGGAAAAAGAUGUUAUAUCCACGGACCGCAUGAACUGUAUAUACUACUAUAUAGUGUUGCUCAUGUUUGAUGUUUAAUAUUAUUCAUAGCGACUUUGCCCCUGCCCCA